UGGUUCGAGUGCGUCAGCAUGAUGGUGAUUCUCCUGAACUGUGUCACCCUGGGGAUGUACCAGCCCUGUGAGGAUAUGGACUGCCUCUCUGAUCGCUGCAAAAUCCUGCAGGUGUUCGACGACUUCAUCUUCAUCUUCUUUGCCAUGGAGAUGGUGCUGAAAAUGGUGGCCCUGGGCAUCUUUGGCAAGAAGUGCUACCUCGGGGACACCUGGAACCGUCUGGAUUUCUUCAUCGUCAUGGCAGGGAUGGUGGAAUACUCCCUGGACCUUCAGAACAUCAACCUGUCGGCGAUCCGCACAGUCCGGGUCCUGAGGCCCCUCAAAGCCAUCAACCGGGUGCCCAGCAUGCGGAUCCUGGUGAACCUUCUCCUGGACACGCUGCCCAUGCUGGGAAACGUCCUGCUGCUCUGCUUCUUUGUCUUCUUCAUCUUCGGCAUCAUCGGCGUGCAGCUGUGGGCCGGCCUGCUCCGCAACCGCUGCUUCCUGGAGGACAACUUCACCCUCAAGCAGGGCGACAUCACCCUCCCCCCUUACUACCAGCCCGAGGAGGACGACGAGACGCCCUUCAUCUGCUCGCUGUCGGGGGACAACGGUAUCAUGGGAUGCCACGAGAUCCCGCCUCUCAAGGAGCGGGGCCACGAGUGUUGCCUGGACAAGGACAGCGUGGCCUUAGAGCGGUCCGGGCGCCAAGAGCACAAUGCCAGCGGCCUGUGCGUCAACUGGAACCAGUACUACAACGUGUGCCGCCCCGGCAGCGCCAACCCCCACAAGGGCGCCAUCAACUUCGACAACAUCGGCUACGCCUGGAUCGUCAUCUUCCAGGUGAUCACCCUGGAAGGCUGGGUGGAGAUCAUGUACUACGUGAUGGACGCUCAUUCCUUCUACAACUUCAUCUACUUUAUCCUGCUCAUUAUAGUGGGCUCCUUCUUCAUGAUCAACCUGUGCCUCGUCGUCAUAGCGACCCAGUUCUCGGAGACCAAGCAGAGGGAGCACCGGCUGAUGCAGGAGCAGAGGCAACGAUACCUGUCGUCCAGCACGGUGGCCAGUUACACGGAGCCCGGCGACUGCUACGAGGAGAUCUUCCAGUACGUCUGCCACAUCCUGCGCAAGGCCAAACGCCGCCUCCUGGGCCUCUACCACACCCUGCAAACCCGCCGCCACCGCCGCUGCCAUCGAGGCCUGGGCCGGGGCCAGCCGGAGCCGGGCGGUGACCCCCCAGGGGCCUGGGGGAACGGGAAACCACAGAAACAUUACAAGCUUUGCCAGAAACACAACCCCCUCGACUACCCGCCGCACACCCUCGUCCAGCCCAUCUCGGUGACGCUGACCUCUGACCCCGCCAACUGCCCCAGAUGCCAGCGGGCCCAGCGGGAGGCGGCCCGGCGGCUCUCCGGCCUGGACAGCCCGCCCUCGGACCGGGAGGAGGGGUCCGGCGGCGGCCGGGGGGAGGCCAGCGGGAGCAGCGACGGCACCUCAGAGCUGGAGAAGGAGGAGGAGGACGGGGACCGAGGGGGCCUGAGGUGGCUGUGCGGGGCCGUGUGGAGGGAGAUCAGGGCCAGGCUGCGCGGGAUCGUCGACAGCAAGUACUUCAACCGCGGCAUCAUGAUCGCCAUCCUGGUGAACACCAUCAGCAUGGGGAUCGAACACCACGAACAGCCCGAGGAGCUGACCAACAUCCUGGAAAUCAGCAACGUGGUGUUCACCAGCAUGUUUGCGCUGGAGAUGAUCCUGAAGCUGGCAGCCUUCGGCCUCUUCGACUACCUCCGCAACCCAUACAACAUCUUCGACAGCAUCAUCGUCAUCAUCAGCAUCUGGGAGAUCAUCGGCCAGUCGGACGGGGGCCUGUCGGUGCUGAGGACGUUCCGGCUUCUGCGCGUGCUGAAGCUGGUGCGGUUCAUGCCCGCGCUGCGUCGUCAGCUGGUUGUCCUCAUGAAGACCAUGGACAAUGUGGCCACCUUCUGCAUGCUGCUCAUGCUCUUCAUCUUCAUCUUCAGCAUCCUGGGGAUGCACAUCUUCGGCUGCAAAUUCAGCCUCAGGACGGACACGGGGGACACGGUUCCGGACCGCAAGAACUUCGACUCCCUGCUGUGGGCCAUCGUCACCGUGUUCCAGAUCCUGACGCAGGAGGACUGGAAUAUGGUGCUGUACAAUGGCAUGGCCUCCACCUCGCCCUGGGCCUCCCUUUACUUUGUAGCCCUCAUGACCUUCGGCAACUAUGUGCUCUUCAAUUUGCUGGUGGCCAUCCUGGUGGAGGGCUUCCAGGCAGAGGGAGAUGCCAACCGCUCGUACUCGGAUGAGGACCAGAGCUCAUCCAACAUGGAGGAGUUUGAGAAGUUCAGGGACGGCCAGGAGGGCUGCUCUGAUCCCAAACUCUGCACAAUCCCCAUGACCCCAAAUGGACACCUGGACCCCAACCUCCCGCUCCCCAGCCAGCCUCUGGCUGCAGGCGGGGUGCUGCCUGCCCCCCGGAAUUCCCUGCAGCCCGACCAGAUGCUCAUCGCCCUAGGAUCCCGGAAGAGCAGCGUGAUGUCUCUGGGGAGGAUGAGCUAUGACCAGCGGUCCCUGUCCAGCUCGCGCAGCUCCUACUACGGGGCUUGGGGUCGCAGCGGGGCCUGGGGGAGCCGCCGGGCCAGCUGGAACAGCCUGGCCCGGGGCCACAGCCUGAAGCACCAGCCCACGUCCGCCGAGCACGAGUCCCUGCUGUCCGGGGAGAGGCCCGUGGCGGCUGACGGGGAGCGAGGCGGGGCCCGGGGGGCCCACCAUCACCGCCGGACGCUCUCCCUGGACACCAAGGACCCCUCUGACCUGGUGGAGGUGCCCCCUGCCCUCCCCCCAGCUCACCCCCGGGCCCCCCGCAAGGUGGGCACCACCCCGGGGGCCGGGGAACACCAGAACUGCAAUGGCAAGAUGCCCGGAGUUGCCAAGGACGUCUUCACUAAGAUGAACGACCCGGAGGGCCACGGGGAGGACGACGAAGAGAUGGAUUACACCCUGUGUUUCCGCAUCCGGAAGAUGAUGGACGUCUACAAGCCAGACUGGUGUGAGAUCCGUGAAGACUGGUCCAUCUACCUUUUCUCCCCUCAGAACAGGUUUCGGGUGCUCUGCCAAACCAUCAUCGCCCACAGACUCUUCGACUACGUGGUCCUGGCCUUCAUUUUCCUCAACUGCAUCACCAUCGCCCUGGAGAGGCCUCAGAUUGAGAACCGCAGCACGGAGAGGAUCUUCCUCACAGUCUCCAACUACAUCUUCACUGCCAUCUUUGUGGCUGAGAUGACGCUCAAGGUGGUCUCACUGGGCCUGUAUUUCGGGGAGCAGGCCUAUCUCCGCAGCAGCUGGAACAUCCUGGACGGCUUCCUGGUCUUCGUGUCCAUCAUCGACAUCGUGGUCUCCAUGGCCUCCGCGGGCGGCGCCAAGAUCCUGGGCGUCCUCCGUGUCCUCCGCCUCCUCCGCACCCUUCGCCCCCUCCGGGUGAUCAGCCGGGCUCCGGGCCUGAAGCUGGUGGUGGAAACCCUGAUCUCCUCCCUGAAGCCCAUCGGGAACAUCGUCCUCAUCUGCUGCGCCUUCUUCAUCAUCUUCGGCAUCCUGGGAGUGCAGCUCUUCAAAGGGAAAUUCUACCACUGCCUGGGCCUGGACAUCCGCAACAUCACCAACCGCUCCGACUGUUUGGCCGCCAACUACCGAUGGGUGCACCACAAGUACAACUUCGACAACUUGGGCCAGGCCCUGAUGUCCCUCUUCGUUCUGGCCUCGAAGGACGGCUGGGUCAAUAUCAUGUAUAACGGACUGGAUGCGGUGGCUGUAGACCAGCAGCCGGUGACCAACAAUAACCCCUGGAUGCUCCUGUACUUCAUCUCCUUCCUCCUCAUCGUCAGCUUCUUCGUGCUGAACAUGUUCGUGGGCGUGGUGGUGGAGAACUUCCACAAGUGCCGGCAGCACCAGGAGGCCGAGGAGGCCCGGCGGCGUGAGGAGAAACGACUACGGCGCCUCGACAAGAAGCGCAGGAAAGCCCAGAGGCUGCCGUACUAUGCCACGUACUGCCCCACUCGCCUCCUCAUCCACUCUGUCUGUACCAGCCACUACCUGGACAUCUUCAUCACCUUCAUCAUCUGCCUCAACGUGGUCACUAUGUCCCUGGAGCACUACAACCAGCCAGUGUCCCUGGAGAUCGCCCUCAAAUACUGCAACUACAUGUUCACCACUGUGUUUGUACUGGAGGCCGUGCUGAAGCUGGUGGCCUUCGGGCUGAGACGCUUCUUCAAAGACAGGUGGAACCAGCUGGAUCUGGCCAUCGUGCUACUGUCAGUCAUGGGCAUCACCCUGGAGGAGAUUGAGAUCAACGCCGCCCUGCCCAUCAACCCCACCAUCAUCCGCAUUAUGAGAGUCCUGCGGAUCGCCCGCGUGCUGAAGCUCCUGAAGAUGGCCACAGGGAUGCGGGCAUUACUGGACACGGUAGUACAGGCCCUUCCCCAGGUGGGGAACCUUGGCCUGCUCUUCAUGCUCCUCUUCUUCAUCUACGCAGCCCUAGGAGUGGAGCUCUUUGGGAAACUGGUGUGCAAUGAGGAGAACCCCUGUGAGGGCAUGAGUCGCCACGCCACCUUCGAGAACUUCGGCAUGGCCUUCUUGACGCUCUUCCAGGUCUCCACUGGCGACAACUGGAAUGGAAUCAUGAAGGAUACCCUCCGGGAUUGCACCCACGAUGAGCGCAGCUGUCUGAGCAACCUGCAGUUCAUCUCGCCCCUGUACUUCGUCAGCUUCGUGCUCACAGCUCAGUUCGUCCUCAUCAACGUGGUCGUGGCCGUGCUCAUGAAGCACCUGGACGACAGCAACAAGGAGGCUCAGGAGGACGCCGAGAUGGAUGCCGAGAUCGAGCUGGAGAUGGCGCACGGGCUGUGCCCCCGGGGGACCAGCCCACUGGGCCCCUGCAGGGGGGCAGGAGGAGCAGGAGGAGCGGGCGACCCCGAGGGCCAUCUCUGCAUGAAGUGCUACUCUCCUGCCCAGGAGAACUUGUGGCUGGACAGUGUCUCUUUAAUUAUUAAGGACUCCUUCGAAGGGGAGUUAAUGAUCAUCGAUAACCUUUCAGGCUCCGUCUUCCACCAUUACUCCUCGCCGGCCGUGUGCGAGAAGUGUAACCAUGACAUGCAAGAGGUCCAGCUGGCGGAAACGGAAGCUUUCUCCCUGAACUCGGACAAGUCCUCUUCCGUCCUGCUGGGAGACGACCUCAGCCUGGAUGACCCCGGCCUCUGCCCGCCCGGCACCAAGGGAAGCAAGGGCGAACCAGAGACCCCGGACUCCAUCAGCAUGGGAGACUUGGGUGAAUGCUUCUUCCCGCCAUCUAACCUUGCAGUUACUCCACCUGCAGAGAGUUACCUGGGGGAGAUGGAGACCACCCCCUUCCACCCUGUCCCUGCUACGUGGCUUGAGCAGGAGAGCAGCCCAGUUCCUUCGAGCCCUUUCUCUCCGGACACCCCCAGCCCUCUCUUGCCUGUGCCAGCCGAGUUCUUUCAGCCGGUCAUCUCUGCCAGCCAGCAGGGCCAGGAGAAAACUGCCCACCCCGGGAGCCUCCCCAUGAUCUCCCUGCAGGGCUCCUGGGCGACCCUUCGCCCCCCAACCGUGAACUGCACACGUCUCCGUCAGCCCCCCGAGAGCGACCCCUCCCUGGAUGACAGCGGGAGCAGCUCGGAGGGCAGCCUGCAGACCACCCUGGAGGACAGCCUGAACUUGAGCGACUCCCCGCAGCGUCCCUUGGACCUCCCUGCCGCCCUCUUCCCACGCCCGAUGGGCAGCGCCCACAGAACUGCGACGGCCCCACCGUCCCCGGCCUCCCGGCCCCCAGGCCCUCGCACCCUCGGCCUCCGCGGGCUCCGGAGGCACCAACGCAGCCUCAGCAGCGGUGGGAGCACCAGCCCCGGCUGCGCCCGCCACGACUCCAUGGACCCUUCGGAUGAGGAGGGGACGGGGGGCGGCCUGCGGGGAGGUGGCCCCGGUGCCGAGCCCUUGGAGGCUCUGAGCACCCUCUCGCUGACUGCCCUCUUCUCGCCCCCGGGCCUGGCCCUCACCAAGAAACGCGGCAGUGCCAGCAGCCUCUCCUGCGCCACCCUGUCCUCCCGGGGCCUGGUGGCGGUGACCAGCAGACCGCCGUGCUCCGCCGGCCCCUAUGGCCUCCUCUCUGGGCCCGCCUGGGUGACGGACUUCUGCGAGGACCCCCCCGCCCAGAGCCAGGCAGCAGAGUGCGGCCCACUGCCCGUUCCCAAGCUAGAGCUGGGACCAGGCCCGAGCAAGAGGAACAGAUGAGGGUCCUGCCUGGAGUG